GCCGGGCUGCUCAACCGCGAUUCGGUAGAGGGAUUCAUCAAAAGUAAGAGUAUUAUCACCUUAGCUCGCUAGUUCAUUCAAGCCUUUUGAAGUGUUUGGUGGUGUGUCGCGAGCAUUGUUCAGAACAGAUCGGAGGAGACCCGUGCCAUAUAGCUAGAAGAGUUUCGCGCAGCAGAUUCUGCACACCUGAGGGAUCGAGUAGUGGAGUGAAGUGUCGGUGGCUUCGGUAGAACAUAAAGUGGUCAGAAUGAAUCGUUUCGUGGCUGUUUGUCUAAUGCUGUCAGCAAGUGCAUAUGCACAGCAGUUCAAAUGCCCCCCGAAGGAUGGUCAAUAUGAAGAUACCGUUCAGUGUGACAAGUUCUAUGAAUGUUACGAUGGGCGUGCCACCGAAAAGUUAUGCCCAGAUGGCUUGGUGUUUGAUCCUCUAAUCAGAAAAAUCAACAAAUGUGAUCAGCCAUUCAACGUAGACUGCGGAGACCGAGUAGAAUUACAGCCACCAAAGGGAAAUACGCUAUGUCCACGAAAGAAUGGAUUCUUUGCUCAUCCUGACCCUGCCGUUUGCAACGUGUUCUACAACUGCAUUGACGGUGAUGCUAACGAAAUCAGCUGCACGGCUGGUCUGCAUUUCGACGAAUACACUGGCACCUGUGUGUGGCCCAACGAUGCCGGUCGUACGGGGUGCAACCCUGGAGUUAACACCAAGCUGAAGGACGGAUUCACCUGCCCAAAGGAGCAGAGCACUGACAAUUCAGGGCAGACUGUUGCUCAUCCCAAGUACGCUCAUCCAACCGACUGUCAACGAUUCUACGUAUGUCUGAAUGGCGUGGAACCACGUGACCUUGGAUGUCAGGCCGGUGAGGUAUACAACGAGGAAACGCAACGGUGUGAUGCCCCAGAAAAUGUCCCUGGAUGCGAGGACUGGUACAAAGAUAGUGACGAGAAGAAACCAUAGACUGCUGAGUAGAGAGUAAGUCAUCGAAAAUUUUCAUUUUUUAUCAUCCAUAAGACUACAUCAAUCAAAUUGGUUAAGAUAAUAAAUAAACCUUUUUACUUAAAACAAAA